AUGUGCUGCCUCCUCACACGGCCCCUGCUGCCCGAGAGGCGAGGUCGUCUCUCUUCCCGCUUUACAGGACCCUGGCCACGUUUGAGAUCCUUUCCUCAACAAGGGAAGCACCAGAAGGGGAAACAAAUCCAGUUUAAACGCCUUGAGGCUUUUGUUCGAGAUUCAUGGCGCAAACAGCGAGAUGACAUCAGGCUGAGGCGCAUGGAGCAGAGACCUGGACAGACGGCUGUACCUCAGGAGCACAAACUAGCCUUUGUUGUGCGGAUUGUAGAUAUUAACGGAGUGAGUAGGAGGGUAAAAAGAGUGAUUGAGUUGCUGCGGCUGAGAAAAAAUUUCACUGGAACAUUUGUUAAACUGACUCCUUUAUCGCUGAAGAUGCUGCGGAUUGUGGAACCUUACGUGGCGUGGGGACACCCUAACCUGAAAUCUGUACGAGAGCUCAUCCUGAAACGGGGCCAAGCCAAGAUCAAGAAAAAGAGGGUGCCUCUGACAGACAAUAUGCUGAUAGAGGAACAUUUAGGGGUCUAUGGUAUUAUUUGCCUGGAAGACCUUAUUCAUGAAAUCUACUCAGCUGGGAAGUAUUUCAAAAAAGUCACAAACUUCCUCUGGCCAUUCCAUCUGUCAGUGGCUCGCCAUGCUUCACGUAACAAAGUGGGUUUCCUCAAGGAAAUGGGUAAGCCUGGCUGCAGAGGUGAAGCAAUCAACCAGCUUAUACGUCAGCUGAACUAGUCAGGGUCUUUGUGAAAACUUCAGGAUUUAUAACCUGUUCCUUUUCGCAUGUAGUUUUCAUGGACAUCUCUAUGCAAUGAUACACUAUCUCUCUUGACUGUUGGUGCCUCUAUAAAAAAGGAAAAAAUACACCGAUGAUGGUGAAGAUGGACUUCGGGCUGGUCCUUAAAGAAGAAGAUAAAUUGUAUUUGGUAUAAGGAAGUGACUUGAACUUCCCGGAGCAAUCUCACUUCUGCAUCUCUGUUAAAACAAGGGGGUUUUUUUAUAUUCGUUACUGCUGGCUCUGUACCAGUCACCUGAUCUCAUCUUGGGUAUAAAGCAGUGGUUGGCAGUUCCUGAUUUCAAUUUCUGUUACAGUUGACUUGCACUCACUGCUUUGAUCCAGUCCUCCCCAGGGGCAGUGCUUGAAGCUGCACUCCCUGAAGUGCACCUCCUUCUAGGUAUAAAGGGGUAGUGCAGUCACCUGUUUAAGAAUGUUGCUGACAGGCAGAAGAAAACACUAGGUAUUCCUCUGUUACCACAGCACAAGCCCUAGCAGUGAAUAAUGUAACAUUUCUUGAAGUACCUAGAUUGUAUUUAUUUUGAAAAGCCGUGAUUUUGUGCUACUGACUUAGAACAGGCUGCCUUUUCAAUUCUGCUAGAUUGGGACUGCUGGAGAGAACUAUUUCCUGGCAGGAAAGCCCAGAAACUUGUAGUACAGUGGUGGAGUAUGUGUAAUCAAUGUUUUUUAAAUAAACUUUUGAAG